UCUCUUCCCCGUUACCUUGGAGCCUGGUGUAAAUAUCCCGGAACGCGGCGGGGCGGCCCCCGUUAAGCCGAGCCCGGCAACCGUCCAGCUUGACGGCUCGUCUGUGCAGCUGAGGAGACAGAUAGAAACAUGCACUCUGAAUGACAAGCACUGAUUGUCAAAAUGAAACCCAGCAGCCCUUCUGAAAGCAAGCUAAUGAUGAAUUGGCAAGAAGCCAGCAGUUCCACCACUGACUGCAUGAGCUGUCCUCUGGUGAAAUGAAUAUUCCUUGAGAAAAGGUCUGGAACAUUCCCUUUAUUGAAAAUGGGGGAGAGAGGAAGGAGUCUGGAUUCUGGACACAACAAAAGAUCAGGCAGUGAUAAAAGCAGUGAUUCUUACUAUUCUGAUGAUGAUUCAUCUUGUGCCUCUGACCAUUCACCAACCAUUGGCACUCAGUCUACAAACACUGGUGAAAAAAUUAAUAAAGCUCAGAAUUUGAAAAGCAUUGCAUAUUAUCAAGCCACAAAGCAAAUUGCCUCUAAAUAUGCACCCAGCAAAAGAGGGCUCCGCUGGGGUUUUCGCUCCCAGAGUCUCAACAGGGAGUCUCCUGCCAAAGAUAUCAGUCUCGUUACAAAACGAGUGCUUUCUGUCAGGUUGCUGAAAAUUAAUGAGCUUCGUAAUGAACUAACUGAACUGCAUGUCAAACUUGAUGAGCUGCAGAAAGAAAAUAGGGCACUAAAGCGGCUUCAGUACAGACAUGAGAAAGCUCUGCAUAAGUUUGAGGACACUGAAAAUGAAAUCUCUCAACUCCUGGCGCGGCAUAAUGAUGAGAUGAGAAUACUGAGGGAGCGCUUAAGAAAAUCACAAGAAAGAGAACAAACAACAGAGAGGAAGCUGCGGAGUUCAGAGGAGGAGCUGUCUAAGGCCAAGGGUAGCUUACAAAAAUUGAGGAGACUUGCAGAGGACAAGCAUCUCCCUGAACGUGAUGAACUGGCUAAGAAGCUAGCUUUGGUAGAAAACAGGCUGGAUGACAGUGAGAAAAGAAUUAAGGACUUGGAGAAGAAUCUUGACCUUAGUAACAGUAGUUUUCAGAGGCAAUUGAAUGCUGAGAAAAAGAAAUUAUGUGAAGCCCAAGAAGAAAAUAAGGUUUUCCAAGAAGAAGUCCAACGACUAAAUCAAAAACUAAAGGAAAAAGAGAGAGAACUAGAUGCAAAAAAUAUAUAUGCCAAUCGAAUGUUGAAACCUUCACCCAAAAAAGAUACUGAUAUUAUAUCAAGAAAAAAAGUGAUUAAUAAGAAUGCUAAAAGAGAAUUACAGUUAACAAAAGCAGUACAGACUUCAGGAUUCAUUUCCCCAGUAGAAUUUCCUUUGCCACCAGACUUCAUUGCUGACAAAAUGCCAGAAGAAAGGGAAAAUAAUGUACAUCUCAGAAUGGAACAAGUAGUUAAAAUAGACUGGAAAGAUCAAGCAGAAAGCUUUCGGCAUGUACAGAGCAAAGAAAGAGACGAGAAAAUGAAAUGUGACCAAGAACUGCAGGCACUGGAAGAGAGAGCCAAGAAACUGAGAGAUGAAUGGGAAAAAGAAGAAUUGGAGAGAAAGAAGAAAGAAAAUAGUAUUUUCCUGGAAAAAGAAGAAAAAGUAAAGAUGGAAACAGAAAUAGACAGUUUAGAAUAUGGGACACAAAUUAGUGAAAGAGAAGAAGAAGAAAAACGAAAGAAACUUUUGCUUGCUAAGAUGUAUGAAAUUGACAAAGAAUCCCAGAUCAAUAUAAAUGUUGCUGCGCAAGAGCAUAAUGCAGAUAUAGUAACUAAACCAUUUUCUUUGGAAAAAAGUAAGAGACCAUACCAGUUCUCAGAGACAACUGAGAAAUUGUUCAAUGGUUUUCUGGAAUAUGAACAGCCCAGUAUGGUGACAAAGGGAGAAAUCCAGAAGCAUCAAAAUACAACAGACGACUAUUCGAGCAAUGAUUUGACAUUUGGUAGCUAUGUACCUUCAUUUGGGAAAGUGUUAGGGAGACCAGUCUGGCUUAAUCAAAAAAGCGAAUUCCUAGAUGAACCCACUAAGGGAAAUGUAGUUCUUGAUAUUAAGAGAGAAAGAAAGUCCAAUUUAAUGGAGCAGCUGUUUGGAAGCAGUGCUACUAUCACUCCACCAAAGGGAAAUGAUUUGGGUCCCUUUCAACAAGACAGUGGUACAGACAAAGUCUUUCAAGAUAAAGGCACUGUGGUCAAAGUAAAUGAUGAUAGCGAUCUUUUCUUUAGCGAAGGAAAGACUUUCAAUCCCAAAAGGCACCUCUUACAGCAUACGGCAAGUAGACCAGCUGUUAAAGCUCUUGAUUACUUAGAAGAUGAAAUUGAGGAAGUACUGUUGCAGUGAUUACAGCAUGUAACAUUCUAUAUAUGUAAAUAUUCUGUAUAUUUAAUAUGCUAUUUAUAGUUUUUAAACUUUUUCAGAUAUUGUUACAGACAGGAAGUGCACUGAAGUGCAUGCAGGAGAAUCAGAAUAUUUUAAGCAGAUGAAUUAUCAAAAAUGCAGCCCCCUGUUGAAUGUCCUAAAUAACAACCUCCGCUGACAAUUACGGGUGUAACAAGCUGAAUGGAUUUUGUAGCAUGGUUCCUCAUAGUCUGUCUGAAUGUAGUUAUUGUCCUCCAUGGCUUCAGUUUGUAAAAAUAAUGGUUUGCUCUUCUACUUAGAAGCUAGUGUUUUCUACAGAUUGUUCAAGUGAGAGUUUUAAAUGUUUCUAUUUUAGCGGCCCAAAGAAACUGUGAUGCAUCUGUCUGACAUCAUUAAUGUAACUUGCAUUUGGCCACAAAAAGAAAUGAGCAGUAUCUAGUCAAUAGUUUGGUUUUGAGCAAUGCAGUAUCUUUCUUCGAACACCAUUUGUAAAAUGGUCUCUGUAAGCCCUCAGGCAAGAUGAAAGUACCCGUUGCAACUCUGAGGACAAUUCAGACCUUCCUUUGUAGCAGCUAAAACAGGCACUUUGACUGUGGGAAUCCCCUUAAGUGUGCAGGGUUGCCUGUGCAAGCAAGGCAGUGAAUGCAGGGGCAAACCUUUUGUCUUCAAGUAUCAGCAUGUUGAUCUAGUCUUGCACAAUAUGCCUACAUGCUUUAUUGGGAAAAUCAAUACUGACGUUAUUUAAAUUUUAGUAUGUUUUUAAAGUUUUAAUAAGUUUAAAUAUUUAAAGUUUUAAUAAGUUUUUGGAACAUUUAUGAAAGAACUUUUUAAUGGCGAAGCGAAAAAGGUAUUCCCUAAGGUUAUAUACAUUAUUCUAGCUUUUGCUUAAAUUGUCAUGAGCACCAGUUCCAUUACAGUCCAAUGAGCCAGCCUACUAGAUAGUGAAUAGAUUGAGCAUUACAGUUGUGAGCAACAGUCCCCUUAGUAUAGUUAGUUCUUCAACACAAUCCUAGUAAUUGUGAUAGAUGCUCCUAAUGGAUUUUACCCAAUGCCUACUGCUUAAAGCUAUUAAUAAAACUUUGGAUAAACUUUACAGCAAUGCUGGCCACUAUCAAAUUAUAUUUUCGCAAACUCAAAAAUACUGCAUUUGUUUUUAAUAUUUAUUUUCCAACUGUUCCUUUAAAACUGAUUUAUUGUAAUAAAUUAUUCAUAACAUACCAUAUAAGGCUUCUGAAGGUCUGCAAUAUGAUAAAUAUAUGUACUUGAAGUGUAACAUCAGUUCAUACCAACAGAAAAUAGUUCAAUUGCUAUUCAGAGAUAUUUAAAAACAUAAGAAAAGAAAAGGGACUGGUAGUUUAGGUCUCUCUGAGCAACUAAAGCAGAACACCAAUUUCUCAACAUUGUUUUUAUUUUAGUUACACAUAAUUGAGAAUAUAGUCUAGGGAAUAUAAUUUACCUGGGUCAGAAGCACAUCAAGCACACACAUCUGUUGGGAAAAAUGGCACGUUUCUUGCAGACACCACGGCACGUCUUCACCCAAACGUUUCUACACUGAAAUGCUGUAGCUGUGCCUGAGCCUUCUGCAUGCAGGAGCACUUGUGCAUGAACCACCUAACGGAUCUAUAGGAUGCUUCUGCUCCCCUAUAUACCUGUCAGGUGGAGAGGGGGACACAAAACAUCAGGUGCUUCUGCCUUUUCAUUCCUAACCUCAAAACAGACAUUCUGAAUAAUUGCUCAUAGAAGCAAGAAGGCUGAAUUUAAUGGUGAUGGACAGGAAAAAAAGUUCUUGGUUGCUUCAGAGCCAACCUGAGGAGUUCUACUUUAGGAAAAAAGUAAGUGUUCCUGUUUGGAUCAAGAUUAUGCUGCUGCAUAACUAGCCAUCUUCAUUUAUAUAGAUUGACCUAUAUAAAUUAAAGAUUAAAUCUGUAUUAUAUAGCUUAACCAUUUUGUGAUACAAAUAUGUCAUCUUUGCUGGACACAUUGUGGGUUCAGACAGUUCCAAAGCACCCUGUAGUUUUGCUGAUUUCCCAGAUGUCUAGUUUGGUGUUACGAGUAUUCGAAACCUUGAGGAAAGGUGAUAGUGGAUUCUGGGAAGAUUCCCUGCAACAUAUUAGUAACACAAAGGACUAAUGCAGAAGUGCAGUCUUGCUAUUCUUCUAUAUAGUACCAGAAUUUACACAUGUGGACUUUGGUUUAUCAUAAACAUUUUAAAGCUUCAUGGGUUGUAUCUAAUGGUGUCUUUCUGCAUCUGAAGCCAUCUAAUGACAGAAUGACCGUAACCCUAACCCCCAAAGGCUUUUGGGUCCAUCCCUCCCCAAAUUGGCUCUGAAACGUUUGGGGCUGCAAGGGGGAAGAGAAGGCCAGUUGUGAGUGAUAAGUCCUGUAGGAUAUAACUUCAAAUCGGUAUCUGAUGUCAUUUUGUUACAAAUACCAUCCUGACAGUUCCUUGUAAAUCUUUGUUAGCUGGGAGGACCCUUUGGCAAGCUUGUUGUUCCUGGAUUCCAACUACUGAUAAGUGUGGUCUGCAGCCAUGAACUGGAGAUGUAGUCCUUGCAUUUCUAAUGCAACAGUAAAGUGUUCACAUUUUCUUGAAAUAUUAGGCAAAGGAUUUUUAUGUCUGAGAAGACUGUAGUAUGUGUUCAAAAAUUAUUUCUAUUGCUACAGAAUUUUUACACUCCGUACCAAUUCAAAAAUAUAUUUAUUAUGUAUAUCUGUUAAUUUGUUUUUAUGACUUUACAUUUUGUGUAAAUGUUCCAUAUGGAACAAUGCUUGAUUUUUUAAAAAUGAUUUAUAUUAAAAUAUUUCUUGG